AUGGCAUCAGGGAUCUCUCAACCAAUUUCCAUGUCUCCCACCACCACUAUGUCUCUAACUAGUUCCGGUACUUCAUUAUUAACUAAAGGAAAACAACCAGCAUGGCUUUCCUUUUCCUUUUCAUUCAAUAAACCCUCAUCAUCCAUACCAAGUAGCAAAAACAAGUACUCAAGAACAAGUGUUAGAGGUGGCAGCAUUGUGUGCUUGGGAGGAGGAAGUAUCUCGGUUCAAACCAGUGCUCCUCCUCAAACCACUACUGAUCCAGCUGUGGCUUUUGGCAGGCAGAGCUUCCCUCCUGGCUUUGUCUUUGGUGCUGCCACCGCUGCUUAUCAGAUAGAAGGAGCUUGGAAUGAAGGAGGGAGAGGGCCAAGCAUUUGGGACACUUUCACCCAACAGCACCCUGAAAAAAUUGAACACAGGAGUACCGGAAAUAUUGUUGUGGAUUCAUAUCAUCGUUACAAAGAAGAUGUGAAGAUGUUGAAGGACAUGAACUUAGAUUCCUAUAGAUUCUCCAUUUCAUGGUCAAGGAUUCUUCCAAAGGGAUCACUGAAAGGUGGCAUUAAUCAAGAGGGAAUCAACUACUACAACAAUCUCAUCAAUGAAUUACUGAAAAAUGGUUUGCAACCUUAUGUCACACUGUUCCAUUGGGAUGUACCUCAAGCUCUUGAGGAUGCAUAUGGAGGCUUUCUCAGUAAAAAGAUUAUGCUCGACUUUAGGGACUAUUGUGAAGUUUGUUUCAAAGAGUUCGGAGACAGAGUUAAGCAUUGGAUCACAUUGAAUGAGCCAUGGAGUUUUAGUAGCAUGGGAUACGGUCUCGGACGACAUGCGCCUGGCAGGUGCUCGCAGAUUCUUGGUUGUUCAGUCGGUGACUCAAUUAUCGAGCCUUAUAUUGUCGCACAUAAUUUAAUUCUAGCUCACAUAGCUGCUGCUAGACUAUACAAAGACAAGUAUCAGAGAACGCAAGGAGGACAAGUCGGGAUCACUUUGGUUUGUAUGUGGUAUCAUCCUUAUGACCAAACACACAAACAAGUCGAGGCGGCAACCCGAGCUUUGGAUUUCAUGCUUGCAUGGUACUUGGAUCCAUUGAUGCAUAGAGAUUAUCCAUUUAACAUGAAAGCUAUAGUGAGGGAUAGACUGCCUACAUUCAGUAAAGAAGAAGCAGAUAUGAUAAAAGGAUCGUAUGAUUUUAUCGGUAUCAACUACUAUACAGCGAGAUACGCUCGGGAAGUUUUGUAUUCUCAAAAUCAACCUCCUUUCCUCAACAUCAAUGAAUCAUAUGCUGAACAAUUAGAGGCUAAAGAUGGGGUUCCUCUCGGGAAGUUUUGUCCAACGGAAAUUACCGUCCGUGAAAGUCAUCACCCACAGAAUUUGAUCUUUCAGUGA